UGGUCUGCUGCACUGAUUUGGAUUAUAAAACAUCUUUUUGGGACAAUUUCAACAUCCAAGUGAAAGCUUUUGGAUUAUCCUCUGAGGUCGACUGUGUCCUUUACCAUCUAAGGGAUCUACCUGCUUAUCCCCUCCACCUGGAACAACUUAGAUGAGCUCAACCUGCUAAUAACUCAUCAAACAACAAGAGCAAGGCCUGCACUGACCACUGUGUUUCUGCAACAUUGAAACCACCCUCUUCUGACCUCUAGAACCAUGGUGCUGUUGAAGAUGAAGUUCACCCAGCAGCGGCGGGUGCGUCUGGCCCAGGGCCUGUGGCUGAUGUCCUGGCUGGCAGUGAUGUGCGGGACCUUCGUCUUUUGUCUGGGUGUUUACCUUAAGACAGAGAUGAUCCGUAGGGCCGAGGUGAUGGAAAACACAGAGAUCCAUGUGGUGCCCAACAUCCUGAUGAUGGUGGGCCUGGCCUCUAUCGGCACUAACUGGGUUGCCACGCGUGUGUGUCAGGACUCCUUGGAUGCAAGCCGCUUCCCCCGUUGGAAAGUUCUCCUGCUGGCUUGGUUUGUUGUGGCUGCACUGCUCUGUGUUCUGCUGGUCGCCGUUGUGGUGCUCAGUUACGCCCUGCAAGGACGCCUGGAAGAGUCACUGAAGGUGGGCCUGAGGAAUGGUAUUCGGUUCUACAAGGACACAGACGUGCCAGGCCGCUGUUUUCAGAAAGAGACCAUUGAUCGUCUGCAGAUGGAGUUUCGCUGUUGUGGGAACAACAACUUCAAGGAUUGGUUUGAAGUUCAGUGGGUCAGCAAUAGAUACCUGGACUUCACCUCCAAAGAUGUCAAGGAUCGUAUCCGGAGUAACGUGGACGGACGUUUCCUGUUGGAUGGCGUUCCUUUCAGCUGCUGUAACCCUGCGUCCCCUCGCCCAUGCCUGCAGUACCACCUGACAGACAACACUGCCCACUUCAGCUAUGAUUACCAAGCAGAGGAACUCAACCUGCACAACCGCGGCUGUAGGCAGGCUCUGAUUGACUACUACAUGGACUUGAUGAAUUCAACUGGUCCUGGUGUGCUGUCAGUCAUCUUAAUACAGAUGUCAGUGAUUCUGAGCCUGCGGUACCUGCAGACCGCCGUGGAAGGAGCCAUGGCUCUGGAGGACCCGGAGGGCGACAGUGAGGGUUUUCUCCUGGAGAAGGGUGUGAAGGAAACCUUUGAAGACGUCAAAGCCAAAGUCCUCGCCAUACUUCAGUUCGGGCAGGUUGACCCCAACGCCGAAGAGUCUGCAGACACAGAGAAGGCUGCUUCCCCAACUCCUGCCAGCUAGACGGGGAAAAUAUUUAAAUAUGAGCUGAGGAGGAAGGGAUGCAUGGGUGGGAUGUGUCUGUGGUUUUUUUUUUGGUUGUGUGAGUUGGCUGGUGGCGGGUAGAAUACCUGGGUUGGGUUUUGACAUGUUAGGCUUGAUUUACACUCCACCAAUGCAGCAGCCACAUGGCCAAACCAAGGCAACACGUAGGGAUUCUUGUCAGAUCCUGCACAGACACCAAAAUAAACAUCUCCUCAGUGCAGGACCUAACGAACAUGUAAUCAUCAGAGAACCUGUUCAGGAGAUGUGUAGUACUUUUUGUUGCAACUAGAAGAGAGUACAUUCAGUUUAAAUGGGUGUAGCGUUCAGACACAUGUUUAAAACAUUUUGUUAUUUGGCUCAAAUUUGGUACAGUCACAUAAUGCUCAAUGUUCAUCCCAUUUGCAUUUGUAUUAUUCAUCUCCCAGCUGUAGAGUUUGUACUCAACUGAAAUGAAAUGCUUAUGAAACUGUUAAAAAUGGCAAAGCACAUGAAAUAUUUAUUAAAGGUAGAAGUUUUAAACUGCUAAGUAGAGUCGGCUUCCUUUUGUAGCCUCCAUGUUACAUAGAGAAGCGAAUUCCCUGAGUGUCGGUUAUCUGAGUUCAGCAAGGGGAGUUGGAUUAAGUGUGUGUGUUUGUGUGUAUAUGUGCGUGUGAGUGUGGUGCCCUAUAUGAAGCUGUCAUCUUGUCUAUUCUGGCAGCUCUGAAACAAUCUGAUAAUCCUGGAAUAGUUAAUCCCAGAACUGCUGCACAAGCAGUAUCAGCACACACUGACAGCACACGGGACACGCUCAACAGCACACUCAUACAACAUGUUGGAGGUUAUUUUAUAAAGUAAAACAGUUUUUAAAUGCUUUUUAUUUGCAAGGAAUAUAAAAUGGUGAUCUGUCCUAGCUACAGGUAUAUCCAUUGUGUGCUCAUUCUUCUUAAAUAAAAAACUAUCACAGAA